AUGGAACAGUUACCAGACCUCAAAAUUCCGUUCUCCUCGGUAUCCGUCAAAAUCCGUAUCAUUGACACUACAACUCGCGUUGGAGAUAUUCCUUCGGAGCUCUUCAUGUCUCCAAUCUUUCAAGGUCUGGAACACCUCAAUUGUCCAGCCUACUCAUUCUUAAUCGAGCACCCUUCGAAUGGCAAACUGCUUUUCGAUCUCGGUGCUCGAAAAGAUUAUAUGAACUUGCCGCCACCUGUAAGCAACAGGAUCAGGGAUGGCGGAUGGAAGGUCGAAGUGCAAAAAGGAGUUCGAGAGCAAUUAGAAGAACAUGGAAUCGACGGGAAAGAUAUUGACGCCGUCAUCUGGAGCCAUUGGCACUGGGACCACAUCGGCGAUAUGUCAACAUUCGAUAAGCAUACUACACUUGUUGUAGGCCCUGGGUUCAAACAGAAUUUCAUACCAGCAUAUCCUACAAACCCAGAUUCGCCGCUACUUGAGUCCGAUUUUGAGGGUAGGGUUCUACGCGAGAUUUCAUUUGAUACGGCCAAUGGACUGCAGAUAGGAGGAUUCAACGCUUUUGACUAUUUCGGCGAUGGUAGCUUCUUUUUGCUGGAUAGCCCGGGGCAUGCUAUAGGACACAUUAGUGCUCUUGCCCGGGUGACAUCUAAUAGCUUUGUCUUCAUGGGCGGAGAUGCAUGUCAUCACGGAGGACAAUUCAGGCCAUCGAGAUAUCUAGGUCUACCCUCUGUUCUGUUGCCAAACUCCUUCGAGAAACAGAGCGCCCUUGCAUAUCCCGGGGCCCUUUUCGAUCAUUUGUUGCCAGAUGCCGACGCAAAUCAGGCGGUGGAGACAAUUAGGAAAAUCCAGGAAGUUGAUGCAAAUGACAAGAUAUUGGUUGUCAUGGCACAUGAUGCAUCCCUGCUGGACGUGCUGGACUUUUUCCCGAAAUAUGUUGAUGGCUUUGUUGAAAAGGGUUGGGUCAAAGCUGGAAGAUGGGUGUUCCUGAAGGAUUUUAAAAAGGCUUUAAAGGAACAGCUCUGA